GCACGCGGUGUGUCGGAGAAUGGAGUCAGCGGAAUAUGAAGAGUGGAUGCUGGGUUCUAUCAGGCUAUAUAAAGACCUUCAUGACUUUGAACUGCAGGAUCCCACAAGAGUUCUUGAGUGGAUUGGUGACAAAACUAUCUGCAUAGCCGGUUUUGAAUCUGCCAAAACGAAUGAGAUUUUACAGCUGCUUCUUCCACCGAAAUUGCAUGCAGUAGAAAAUCAGGGACUGUGUCCAGAAAGAGAUCUGAAGGUGGAACAUGGCGGAUUCUCAGAGCAUCCUGUGUACAGCCUUAAACAUGUCCCAAACAGCAGCUUGUUGGUUACAAGUGGUCCAUCCACUAGUCCGGUGCAGGUUUGGCAGAUUGGAGCAGAAGACAAAGAUGUUAUUAAACCUCAAACUACAAUUCGGUCAGAAGCCGGGAAGAAAACCUGGACGAAAAUAGCCACCACCACCUCUUCAGUUCUUUAUGGUUCUCAGGCCAACAAUGUCCAUCUUACAGAGAUCGAAUCUACCAAACUAAUCUACUCUUUAGGUGUAGCUCAAACUGAUUCCGUCAGCAACCUUUGUUUUCUGGACACCAACACGUUCUUCUUGUGCUGCGAGAGCGGGAGACAAUACAUUGUCGAUGUUCGUCAACCAAAACCAUCUAUAGAGGGCAGGGUAGACCCUUCAUCAACUUGCAAACCCCUCUGGUGUGCAGCAGUUACAUCUAGAAAGCAGGAAGCUACUACAACCAUAGCUAGUCUCUCUUCUGAGGGACAUAUUGUAAUUACAGACACAAGGGAGCUUAGCAAACCCUUAAAGUGCACCAAACACAGAGUUUCUAACCCAGCUUUGUCUGAGAAUUUUUUGUGCAUCAGCUGGGCUCCAGAACUGGAGGAUACAAUUGCCAUCUCAGGAUUUGAUGGCAAUGUUGAUAUCUACAAUACAAAAUACUGGGACACGUCAAUGAAAGAGAGAGACCCACUGUUUACUCACAAAGGUCACUCUGUCAUGGCUGAAUGUGAAGAUGGAGGCACUCCAAAGGUGACGGCACAUUCCUGGCACCCGUGGAAGGAACAGACUGUACUCUCUGCUGCCAAGGACGGCUCAUUACAUGUCUGGGACUGGGCAGACACUCCUACCGAGCAGCACCCAUAGCUACAAUGACCCGGAUACCUUCAGUAAUGUCUUUGUUCGUGGGAAGAAUAAAUAAUACUGUUUUUUUUGUUGUUUGUUUUUUCCAUUAUGUGGUAUUGUUCAAGUUGUAGCUAAAGAAAUAAAAACUAUUUACCUUGGAAUAUAAU